CAAGGGUCGCAGAGUUACAUCCCAAAGGAAUCAUUUUAUUUGGCGCACAUCUACAUCAACGUGUCGGAAGACGAGCAACUAAAAGUUCAGGAUGUUUUGGGACCGAGUUGCCGAGAAGCACAAGACGAGCUGGCCUAGAGAUACACCCCCGUGCGUGAUUAAACAAAAAUUGAGAUGAAUAUAAUAUCCGUGGAUGGCAUAAUAGUAAUUGGGGAUCGUGACAUCAUUUUCUCUCCCAAAAACCCUCACCACAACAUCUCCCGCCGACGACCGUACGAUUCUUGAAUUCUCUGAGAAAUACCAUACAGAUACGUAUAGAAAUUACACGUGAGAUGCACCACAGUUAUGCAGAAGGUGCUACGCCGAAGCCCCUCUUUUUUAUCCGCUAAACAACUCAACCUCAUGUCUCCUUUCACCGCCGCUCUCCGCUGCCCUCACAACUUAUCUUCCGCCGCCGCCUCCUCCUUUCGAACAGACCCCUCCAGUUGCUGGAAAACAACGCCGCAUAGGGCUUGGCUGGUGUCUAAAGAGAAUUAUUAUGGUGCGCCGUUCAAGGCAUCGCUAAGUACUUGCGCCGCCAACUCGAAUUUGCAGAGAAUAUCCGUGGCUGGGCAUCCGGAUUUGCUCACAAUACCCGGAGUCGGGCCCAGGAAUCUGCGGAAGCUCGUGGACAAGGGCUUUGACGGCGUCGCGCAGCUUAAACAGCUCUAUAAAGAUAAGUUUUCUGGGAAAUCGAGUGAGAAAAUGGUGGAGUUCCUGCGGAGUUCGGUGGGUAUCAUACACAAGAACCAUGCCGAAAGUAUAACAACGUUUAUCAAGGAAAGUGUGGAUGAAGAGCUGAAGGAUGGUGGUGUGAGGCCUUCUCAAAAGAAGCGGAUCACUCUCUGUGUCGAAGGAAAUAUCAGCGUCGGGAAGACCACCUUCUUGCAGAGAAUAGCGAACGAAACACUCGAGCUUAGGGAUAUUGUGGAGGUUGUUCCUGAGCCAAUUGACAAGUGGCAGAAUAUUGGUGCGGACCACUUCAACAUAUUGGAUGCUUUUUAUGCCAAGCCGGAGAGAUAUGCGUAUACGUUCCAGAACUACGUGUUUGUCACGAGAGUUAUGCAGGAGAGGGAAUCAUCAGGCAGUGUUAAGCCCCUCAGGCUCAUGGAAAGGAGUGUUUUUACUGAUAGAAUGGUCUUUGUGAGAGCUGUUCAUGAGGCCAAGUGGAUGAAUGAGAUGGAGAUCAGUAUCUACGACUCGUGGUUUGAUCCUGUUGUUUCAAGUUUGCCCGGUCUUAUUCCUGAUGGCUUUAUCUACCUUAGAGCAAGUCCCAGUACUUGCCAUAAGCGUAUGAUGAUGCGUAAGAGAGCAGAGGAAGGCGGAGUCUCCCUUAAAUAUCUGCAAGACCUGCACGAAAAGCACGAAAGCUGGCUUUUCCCUCUCCAAACUGGAAAUCAUGGAGUACUGUCGGUAAGCAAUGUACCCGAUGACAUUGAUUGGUCCUUACACCCGAAGAUAAAGGAUCAGGUGUUCUAUUUGGACGGUGGUCAUAUGCACCCGAGCAUCCAAAAGAUCCCUGCUUUGGUUCUCGACUGUGAGCCAGAUAUUGAUUUCAGCAAAGACAUCGAGGCAAAGCGAGAGUAUGCCAGUCAAGUCUCUGAGUUCUUCGAAUUUGUGAAGACGAAGAAAGAAGUUUCUGCUUCUAAGGAUGGGGAGGAUGCAGCAAAGGGCAGCCAACAUCAGUUAUUGAUGCCCCAUAACGGAAAUUUGUGGAUGCCGGGUACACAGCCCUUCCCCGAAUCUGCCCUCAAGUCGCUUGGUCUUACACGGUCCAUGUCGAUUAUGCCUCAGUAGUAGUGUAAGUAAUUUCUCUCUUUUGAAAAUUGUUGAUUUCUUUGUGUUGUAAAGAGACGCUUGUGGCAGAGCUCACUUGUUCUACCUCUGUAGGGUUGUAGAUUUGGUAGAUAGUGUUAAUUGUGAAGUAUUUCUGCUCUGGAAAAAAUUAUUUUUGCUGUCA